AUUUUCAUCGAUGAAAUUGAUUCGGUUGGUUCGAAACGAGUAGCCGAUGCCAUGCAUCCUCAUGCUAAUCAAACAGUCAAUCAGCUGCUUUCCGAGAUGGAUGGAUUCAAUACAAAUGAUGGUGUCAUCGUUAUUGGAGCCACGAAUCGAGUCAAGGAUUUGGAUCCAGCUCUUCUUCGUCCUGGUCGCUUCGACGUUCAAGUUCAAGUUCCUUAUCCUGACUUAGAAGGACGCAGGGAAAUUAUACAGUUAUACUUAAGCAAAAUAUCAACUAAUGAUGAUGUAAACGAAGAUAUACUAGCUAGAGGAACCACAGGAUUUACUGGAGCCGAAAUUGAAAAUAUGAUAAAUCAAGCAGCUCUCAAAGCAGCUGGAGAUGGAUUUAGGAAAGUCACUAUGGCACAUAUGGAAGAGGCGAAAGAUCGUGUUAUGAUGGGACCGGCACGGAUUCGUGGUCGACUGCCAGAUGAGGAAGCUAAUCGCAUUACUGCUUUUCAUGAAGCAGGUCAUACUCUUGUUAGCAUUUAUACAAAACAUGCUGUUCCAGUUCAUAAAGUAACAAUUAUACCAAGAGGUGGCUCAUUGGGACAUACAUCGAUGUUGCCGCAAAAGGAUGAAUAUCACGUAAAUCGGGCCCAAAUGUUAGCACAGCUAGAUACUUUAAUGGGCGGCCGAGUAGCUGAGGAGCUUAUCUUUGGCCCAGAAAAAGUAACUACUGGCGCCGGUGAUGAUUUGAGGAAGGCAACAGAGCUUGCAAAAAAGAUGGUCAUGACUUUCGGAAUGAGUGAUAAGGUAGGCUUGAGGAUCGCAGAUGACGAAUCGAGAUCGCUGGUAGCUGAUAAUCAGUUGAGCUCACCGUUGUCAGAGAUGAUUGAUAAAGAAAUCAGUCGUUUCUUAAAGGAAUCCUACGAACGUGCGAAGGAUAUACUCAUCAAACAUAAGAAAGAACACGAACUUUUGGCUGCAGCAUUAUUGGAACAUGAAACAUUAUCAAUAGAAGAAGUGAAAGAGUUGCUUCAAAAUGGCAAAUUGCUUCCACGUGCUUCAGAAAAACAGGAAGAAGCAAAAAGCAAGAAAUCAUCCAUUCGAUAUAUAUAUAAAAAUCCAACUGUUAUCAUAACACCAAUCGAUGAAACUAUUCCAAAAGAGGAAAGGCAGAUCUAG